CAGGCGGCAGUUGGGGACACACCCACUCCCCAGUCGGCCACGUGACAAAGAUGGGCAUGACCCGGAUGGGAUUUCUUCUUCCUCCGCCCUUUGGGUGCCCACCCCCCCUCCCCCCAGCGCGGGCAGGCAUGUCCACCCUCUUCCCUUCCCUCCUCCCCAGAGUCACGGAGGCGCUCUGGUUCAACCUGGACCGGCCCUGCGUGGACGAGAACGAGCUUCAGCAGCAGGAGCAGCAGCACCAGGCCUGGCUGCAGAGCAUCGCAGAGAAGGAUAACAAUUUGGUCCCAAUCGGGAAGCCUGCCUCCGAGCAGACUUAUGACGAGGAGGAAGAGGAGGAUGACGAAGACGAUGAAGACAGCGAGGAAGACUCCGAAGACGAUGAGGACAUGCAGGACAUGGACGAGAUGAACGACUACAACGAGUCUCCGGAUGACGGGGAGAUUAACGAGGUCUGGAGAGGCGCACGUGCAUUUUCCAUUUACCGUCCAUUUGUUUUAUUCAUAUCUUGCUUUUCACCCCGGUUGGGACUCAGAGCGGCUUUUUAAAACAUUGUUCUCCCC